AUGAAGUUUCUCUUACUAAUGAGUCUUUAUCUGCUUGGACCUGCCAGAGGAGCACCAGGUCAGCCCCGUGAGCCCUCUGGCUCUACGGGUCAUCAAGCUUCAGUUCAGCAACCUUCAGGUGAGCACUUGUCACCUGUAACCCCUUCAGGCCGUGAGGCUUUAUUCCAGACUUCUUCAGGCAAGGUUUUAAGCAAGUUUGCUUCUAGCGAGCACACUUUACUUGGACGCGCUUUGGGUGAGCACAGUUCAGGUAAGUGAGCUUCAUGUGAGCCCGGUUUGGGUGAACAUGCUGCGAGUGAGCAUCCUGCAGGUGAACACACUUCUGGUGAACAACCUUUAGGUGAUCAGGUUACGAGCGAACAGGCUGCGGGCGAACAGGCUACGGGCGAGCAGGCUGCGGGCGAGCAGGCUGCGGGUGAACAGUUCCCAGGCAGUCCGGCGGCCAGCACAACUUCAGGCCCGUCCAUAGACUGCCACACAUGCUCUUUUAUGAACGAUGAAAAAAAAUGUCUUCGUGGAGAGGGAGUUUGCACCAUUCAGAAGUCCCAGCAGUGCAUGUUAAAGAAGAUCUUUGAAGGUGGAAAACUUCAAUACAUCGUUCAGGGAUGUGAGAACAUGUGCCCGUCUAUGAGCCUCUUCUCUCAUGGAACCAGGAUGCAACUUCUGUGCUGUAAGAAUGAACCUUUCUGCAAUAAGAUCUAG